CUGAAAAUCCUCCCGGAGUCUCUUCCUCCCUGUCAGCGGAGCCGAUGAAGUGUCAGCUAGCUUUAGCGGUUAGCCGUUAGCCGCUAGCACACCUGGAGAGGACCCGCGGGUUAAAGCUCACACGUCACAACUGCCGUACAAAUACAUAGAAACCUCAGAGACACAUGUGAGGAUCUGUCUCCCACCAUACAGACCAGAUCCACUAUAGUCCACAGUCAUUGUCCACUGCCGCCAGUUAGGAUCAAUCCUCAGCCGCCACCUCGGUCCUGGUCCACCACCAUUAUCUGACGCCAACGCGACAGUGGAUCCUCCAUUACCACUACGAUCAGCCCACACGAUAUAGAAUCCACCAAACUGGAUCCACCACCGCGACCUCUGAUGCACGAUCCACAAAUCGUGAUCCAUGGUGCGGCACUGGAUCUGCAGGGAUGAAGAAGAGGAAGGAGAAGCUGGAAAGAGAAGCUCCGUGUGUCAUGUGUCAUAAAGUCCCUUUGCACCAUCAGGUGUGUUUGACUUGUAAUCAAUGACACAAUGAUACAGGCUGAACCUGAGGCUACACUGAGGCUCAAGAUGGUGUCUGCCUCCAGAACUGAAAGUGGUAGAUGAUUCCACAGCCGAGGGGCUUGAUGGCUGAAAGCUCUGGCUCCUCCUCUACUUCUAGAGACUUUAGGGACGACAGCCUGAGUUCUGGGAGCGGAGUGCUCUAGUGGGUUGAUAAGGUGUGAUGCUGUCAUGUCCAUGCAGCUGGCAGUACAGGAGAGGAUCGGCUCUGCUCAGGUGUUGCUCCAGCGGGCAGAGCAGCUUUGUCCGGGUGUGGAGGGUCACCAGAAGCUCUGUGGCAAACUGCGAGCCGAGCUGCGCUUCCUGCGGCGGGUGGAGGCCGGAGAGCUGCAGGUAAAAGAGUCUCACCUGCACAGCACCAACCUGACUCACCUGACAGCCAUCGUUGAGUCAGCCGAGAGUCUGGAGGACGUGGCGGCUCUGCUGCAUGUCUUCACCUACCAGGAUACCUUUGGCUGCCGCCAGACGCUAGUGGUGGACGUGGUAGCGAAUGGGGGACACACCUGGGUGAAGGCAGUGGGUAGGAAGGCAGAGGCUCUACACAACAUCUGGCAGGGGCGGGGUCAGUAUGGAGACAAGAGCAUCAUCAGUCAGGCAGAGGACUUUCUGCAAGCCAGUCGCCAGCAGCCUGUCCAUUACCGAGACCCCCAGAUCGUUUUUGCCUUUUACAACGGCGUCUCCUGCCCUAUGGCGGACCGACUCAGGGACAUGGGUGUCUCUGUGCGUGGGGACAUUGUUGCUGUCAAUUCUGUGGCGAUAGAAGAAGGCAGAGAAGAAGAGGCUGAGGAGGAUGAUGGGGAGGCAGCAGAAGAAGACCAUGAAGAGGAAAUGGAGGCGUGUGAGCUGACCCGCGUUGACCGCGGCACAGUGGUGGCCAGCCUGGCAUUUCCUGUCAAGGUGCAGGUGGAGGAGUGUCAGCGGGUGAACCUGGACAUCACCACACUCAUUACCUAUGUGUCGUCACUGAGCCACGGCCACUGUCACUUCACCUUCAGAGAGCCAGUGCUGACGGAGCAGGCCGCUCAGGAGCGCCACCUGCAGGUGCUGCCGCAGCUCGACACCUUCAUGUCAGGAAAGGAGCUGUUCGCCUGCCGCGCGGCUGUUUCUGACUUCAAGCUGAUCCUGGACACGCUGGGGGGGCCGGGCGAGAAGGAGCGCGCUGAGAAGUUGCUGGCCCGCCUCCACCUGGUGGAUGACCAGCCAUCAGAGCGAACUCUGCGUCUCACCCCCAGUGCCAAGGUCAACCAGCGCUCGCUCACCAUCUUUGGGACUGGAGACACGCUGAGAGCCGUUACCAUGACGGCAAACAGCCGAUUUGUUAGGGCGGCAGCCAAUCAGGGCGUCCGAUACAGCGUGUUCGUCCACCAACCACGUGCCCUGACGGAGGGCAAGGAGUGGAGGGCCACACCCAUCUGACACAGAGACUUCCUGUGAUGGGACUGAUUGGAGUUUGAUUCAGUUAAAUAAUAUGAACCUGAUCAGAUGACUUGUAUUUGUGUUCAUGAAUUAAUUAUCUAUAUUCACUUAUCAAUAAAGCAUUAAUAAAACACA